UUUCUUUUAUUGUUUCAGUAUUCAGCCCAGCCUGUUAAUAGACUUGUCUCAACCUUUUGGAUAACUUUGCCUGAUACAACUUCCUUCCCAGACUGACUUGAGCUGGACAGCCGCCAUGCACAACAGCACUGCCGAAAUUCCGCACGUGGCUGCGAGGUGUAACGAGACUUGGCCCACCCAGCCUCCGAGCUCCGAGUUCUCCCUGGGCGUGUUGGUGCUGCUGGCUUUCCUCAUGGUGCUGCUGUGUCUGGUGACCAUCCUUGGAAACAUGCUGGUGAUCCUUGCUUUCAUGAUGGACAGAAACCUCAGGCAUCGGAGUAACUAUUUCUUUCUGAAUCUUGCUGUUUCUGACUUUGCAGUGGGUGUGUUCUGCAUGCCCCUCUACAUCCCUUACAGCCUGACAGGAAAAUGGCACUUGGGAAGAAGAAUCUUUGGCUGGCUAUGGACUAUCUCCUCUGCACAGCUUCAGUAUUGAACAUCGUUCUUAUCAGCUAUGACUGUUUCCUGUCAGUUACUAAAGCUGCAAGUAACCUGUUUAGAGCUUCUCUGAUACUUUUUCCUUGGAUGGUUAUAUUUACCAGCCUUUGCCAUGUUGAUGAGUAUAAGCCCGAAUUUAAUAAAGAUAAUACCCCUCAAAAAUAUACAGGCAUGUGGCGAUUAUUAGAUAUUUUGCAGCCAGAUGGGGUGAAUAUUCUACACUGAACAUGCUUCACUG